GAGUGCGUUUGAUUGUUGCAGGUCUCAAUGGCGGACAGAGCAGCACAGUAGCGUUAGCACCGAGGACAAUAACAUCUCCAUUCUCUGGAUUCCUGGCUGACUUGGUCCGCCACUGAGAUUCCUCCGGUGUGCCGACCGAGAGGGGACUCUCUUGUACAAUAAGUGCUACACUGCAGGAGCUACCGUACGCCUGCUUGCCUGGCUUUUUUUUUCUUUUUUUCCUUUUUUUUAAAAUAAUUUUUGAGUUCCUAUCUCAAGCGACGAAGUUACUCCGUUCAUGGUGGCUCCCUAGAGCCAGCUAGCUAGCGAGCAAAACAUGGGGGACUCUCUCGAGUUGAUAGGGAAGCGUCUGCUUUUGCUCCUAAAUGACGGCCGGUCUACGACUGGAUCCGAGCCGGAGCAGGCCGUCUUGACCCGGGACUGGCUCCGGGGGACUGUGCGGGCGGUCAGCGUCAUCGGCCUCGCCGCCCCCGAGGUUAGCGGAGCGGAGGCGACAACAACAACCACAGCAGCUGCGGGCUUGACGGUAUUUGUGGAGUUUGAGAGUCCUGUGCAGCGGUGUUCUUGGGUACAGGUGUAUGGAGAAGGAGUGAGAGCUGUGUUGGUGGAAGACUCCAUCGUUUGGGCCAACCGGAGUGACAGUACUGGGACUGCAGGAACCCCAGCAUCAACCACUGCUUGGCCUGCUCUGGCUUUCCGCUCCCUAGUCGACAGAGUGGGAUUGGGAUCUCUGGUUCCAGUUGAGUUUUUUGGAAACAAGACUUUUGAUUUCCUCCCUGACAAUAAGUCUGUCCAGAGGUUUGAGGUGGAUAAAGACAUAAGACACUCCUUGCUGCUGGAGCAGCCCUCCCUGCAGGCUGCCAUCUCCAGCUGGCACAGUGACUUUGAGCUGCAAGAAAUCUUCAGGAAGGGUUCCUACACCAUUCAAGGACGGAGGGUUCGCGUGUACCAGCCAGAGUUUGAGGAGUGCUGGGCCUUGGGACUAGUCUCUCAGCACGACCCUGUAUCGCACAUCAUGGAAAUCACCAUGGAAAAGGGAGAUGAAAAUCAGAUGGUAGAUCCCCGCGUGAUCCAUGUAAUGCUCACAGAGGAGGAGCUUGGUAAAAAUGGUCGACGCAGAAAAGAGAGCGAAACAGGAAAGGCUGAUAGUGGACGUAGGCGUAGGACUGCCUCUGAGGGUGAGGAUGACAUGAACUUGAAACGUUUCAAAGGUGCAGGAGAGGCGGGAACUGAGGGACAAAACUGUGGCGAUUCCAACAAAGCCUCUGUGGAAGGGAUGGUGAUGUGGGGAGGAGAGGCUGGUGGAAGCGAAAGAGUCAGCAGCACCUCCAAAAAUGGAAGCUCUUCAGAAGGAUCUUUUCCUCAAGGCAGAGUGGCAUCCCCCAACACCAAUUCCUCACUCCAGAUGGAACAAUCAAAUGCUCCUUCUCCUCGUUACCCUGUCCACAUCAAGGAAAACGGACGCUUGCUCUCAACAGUGGGGGCUGCGGACUCCACCAACGCUGUCACUCAUACUCCCACCCCUCCUCCCCUCAAACCAGCCCCCUCUCCCUUCUCCAACACAUCUUUCCCCUCACUAGGUCAGAUGCCAAGCCUGGUCCCUGGAGCUCCUGCCUCGAAGGCCUCCCCAGCCCCCCUGCCAGACAGAGAGGAGCCAUCCCAGUCAGCCUACCCUAGAACAGCUGCUCUUGUGUCCCCGGGGCCUGUCACCAUCUCCUCAUCUUCUCAUGGCAGUGGCCCCAGUGUGGCACUUUCAGCCUCUGUGGGUUUCAGCCCUAAAUCCUCCAACUGGGGAAACCAGACUGAGGGUUCCAAGGGUUUCCGUGUGCCUCAGGCCAUCCCUGCUAGUGCUCCAGUAUUUGGAGAUGUUACCUCCCAGACCAAUGGAGCCCCUGCUACCACCACAGCUUCCCAGGACAACUCCCGGCCCUUUGGCUUUGGCUUUGGAGGGGCAAAGAAUGAGACACAAUCCCAGCAAGACCAAAACUUGUUUUUCCAGUGUAUGUCCCAGAACCCUGGCCCCAACCCAAGUCCAGGUCCUGGUCAGACCCAGUCCAAGGACACCAACUACUUCACUGCAGUGUCAGAGAGCCUUAGUAAAGAGCCCCCAAGCUUGUUCAAGCCUGCGACCUCCGCUGAAGGGCUGAAAAAGCCUGUGGGGGCGCCCUCAACUGGACUUUUUGGGUCGACAACAGCCUCAACUAUAGCACCCCACAAAGAGCAGCCCAAAGUGCCUGAGAGCCAUCCAACAGGAAAUGGUGUGCUCAGCAAGCCAUUUGGAGGAGGCAUGAGUGGAGGGGGGUUGAGGGGCUCAAACCUGAGUAUAGGGGGUCUCACUGCAUCCACUGGAGCCCAAGGUGCUGCUAAGAGGAGCGGCAGUAACGGAACUUCUGCCGGGAGCUUAGGACUGCUGUCUGGUGCAAAGACUUCAGACAGCCACCAGAAUCUGUUCCUCCAGGCCUCACAAGAACCUUCAAACCCCUUCCUGGCAUAUGGAGACAAAAACCCUCAUACCUCCUUUGCUGGCCUGUCUGGGACUGAGUCACAAGCUCCAGGCCCUGCCUCAGACAGCAAACCAAAUCUGUUUACUAUGGCAGAGCCACCUAAAGGGAUCCUGUCUUCCCCUUUUACACCCCUCUCAGCAAGUGGUUCCCCCAGCUCUUCCUCAUCUCCAGGCCCUGCCUUAGGUCAGAGGUCACAGAGUGAAGGGACUAAACCCAAGGAGGAGCAGGAAAGUGGGGAGAGGCCUACAUCCACCUCAGGCUUCCCCCUAUUUGGAAGCCCCGGCCCUGGUGGAACUGAAGAGGUGCCAACAUCUUUUGACCAGAGCCAGACACAGAAGUUUACUCUGGAAGAAAGGGGGCAGGCAUCCAAGCGUGACUCUGACUCCAGCAGCAACAGCGACCUGUCAGAUCUAAGUGAGAAUGAGGAGGGCCCGGAGAGAGGCCAGAUCCCAGGAGGACCACCAGGCCCUUCCAAGGAUGGGGCGAUGCUGCAGAAGAAUAAAGCCUCUGGGACUGCCAAGAGCCGGCCACGUAACAAACCUUUCAAAGUGGGCCAGUCAGUGUUAAAAGACCAGACCAAGGUGCGUCGCCUGAAGCAGUCUGGUGAGUCUUUCCUGCAGGAUGGCUCCUGCAUCAACGUGGCCCCUCACUUACACAAGUGCCGGGAGUGCCGUCUGGAGCGCUACCGUAAAUACCGAAAUACAGAUGACGAUACAGACGAAGACGACGAUCCUAAUGUGGCGUGUCGUUUCUUCCACUUCCGCAGGCUGGCGUUCACACGUAAAGGUGUGUUGCGUGUGGAAGGCUUCCUCAGUCCCCAGCAGAGCGACUCCAUGGCCAUGGGGCUGUGGCUCCCAGCACCAGCUGUCCAGGAGGGUCUGGAUCUGGAUACAUCCAAGUACAUCCUGGCCAAUGUGGGAGACCAGUUCUGCCAGUUGGUCAUGUCUGAGAAGGAGGCCAUGAUGAUGGUGGAGCCACACCAGAAAGUGGCGUGGAAACGUGCUGUGCGGGGUGUCAGGGAAAUGUGUGACGUGUGUGAGACCACCCUGUUCAACAUCCAUUGGGUGUGUCGCAAGUGUGGCUUUGGAGUGUGUCUGGACUGCUACCGGCUCCGCAGGAAUAGGCCUCGGGAGGAUGUAGAUGAGGGUCCAGAGGAUGAGGUCUUCUCUUGGUUGAAGUGUGCCAAAGGCCAACCUCACGAGCCACAGAACCUCAUGCCGACACAGAUUAUACCUGGGGCAGCUCUCUACAAUAUAGGCGAUAUGGUGCACUCAGCUAGAGGCAAGUGGGGUAUUAAGGCCAAUUGCCCCUGUACCAGUCGACACACCAAGCCUCUAGUGCGCCCUAGUGCCCCCAAUGGUAUUUCACAGCAGUCAACAGCAAGCAGUGGCAGUGGCCUGGGAGCUCCAGCCUCUAGUGUCGGCGCUGCUCCCAAACAAGAGGGGGAAUCAUCAGCAAUUAAAACAGAACCUACACAAAUAGCAACAUCAACAGACAUUGGGGGUGGUGAAAUUGCAGAAAGCACCAGUGGUACAAGUGCCCCAGGUAACGUCUCUCAGUCCUCUGCCAAGGAUUCACGCUCCUCAGGAGAGGGCAACAGCUCUGCUCUGCACUGGCUGGCAGACUUGGCCACACAGAAAGCCAAGGAUGACACAAAAGAAUCUGGUUCGCUCCGCUCGAUGAUGAGUCGAGACAGUCGGCCACCGUUUGGCCUGGACUCUCUCAGUGCCCUAUCAAAACCCUCUGCUUCCAGCCCUAAGCUGUUUAACAGCCUGCUACUGGGCUCCAGCAUGGCCCAGCCCAAGCCUGAGGGUUCCAGUCUCCGGGACCUGCUGAACUCUGGCCCUGGCAGGCUCCCCCAGGGUCCCGGAGAGAGUGGUGUACCCUUCCCUUCUGUCUUUACCUCAACAGGCGGUGACAAACUGAAGGGCAGCCUCCCCAACUUUCUGGAUCACAUCAUUGCCUCCGUGGUGGAGACCAAAAAGGCUGAGGGGCGUCGCACGGGAGCCGCUGAGGGUGGUGAGCUUGGUGUACUGGGGGGCCGCAGGGACGGAGUGAUGGGUCUCAGUGUUCUGGACCCACAUACCUCCCACUCCUGGCUCUGUGAUGGAAGACUCCUUUGCCUACAGGAUCCCGGCAACAGCAACAACUGGAAGAUCUUCAGAGAGUGCUGGAAGCAGGGACAACCUGUUUUAGUGUCAGGGAUACAUAAACGUCUAAAAGGUAACUUGUGGCGGCCUGAGGCCUUCAGUGAGGAGUUUGGAGACCAGGAUGUAGACCUCGUCAACUGUAGAAACUGUGCCAUCAUCUCUGAUGUCAAGGUGCGAGACUUCUGGGACGGAUUUCAGGUCAUCUCCAAGCGACUGCAGGAUAAUGAAGGCCAACCCAUGGUGUUGAAAUUAAAGGACUGGCCUCCAGGAGAAGACUUCAGGGACAUGAUGCCCACACGGUUUGAGGAUCUAAUGGAUAACCUCCCCUUGCCAGAGUACACAAAAAGAGAUGGCCGUCUAAAUCUGGCAGCCCGUUUGCCCAACUUUUUUGUGCGUCCUGACCUGGGGCCUAAGAUGUACAACGCCUAUGGCCUGAUCUCGACUGAGGACAGGAAGGUGGGCACCACUAACCUCCAUCUGGAUGUGUCUGAUGCCGUCAAUGUCAUGGUCUACGUAGGCAUCCCUCAAGGAGAGACAGACCAUGAGCAGGAGGCAGAUAUCGCUGGACGCAAAGAGGUCAUAACCACCAUUGAGGAGGGUGAUGUUGAUGAAAUGACGAAGAGGCGGGUGUACGAGGCAAAGGAGAAACCUGGAGCACUUUGGCACAUCUAUGCUGCCAAGGAUGCUGAGAAGAUCAGAGAACUGCUCCGCAAGGUUGGAGAGGAGCAGGGUCAGGAGAACCCUCCGGACCAUGACCCCAUCCACGACCAGAGCUGGUACCUGGACCAGGUGCUCCGCCGCAGGCUGUAUGAAGAAUACGGUGUCCAAGGCUGGGCCAUUGUACAAUUCUUAGGCGAUGCUGUCUUUAUCCCUGCCGGGGCUCCACACCAGGUCCACAACCUUUACAGCUGUAUCAAGGUGGCGGAGGACUUUGUAUCCCCAGAGCAUGUGAAGCACUGUUUCAGACUGACCCAGGAGUUCAGACACCUGUCCACCACUCACUCCAACCACGAGGACAAGCUACAGGUGAAGAACAUCAUUUAUCAUGCAGUGAAGGACGCUGUUGGGACACUGAAGGCUCAUGAACCUAAACUAGCACGCCCUUAGUUUCCCCUUCGCUUACCACUGUCCCAAGGCGACCCGCCUCUCAAGACCACUCCUCUACGCACACACACAUUAUACAUUACAUACCUACAUACACACAGACAAGUUGCAGUGAGAGUGAGAGUGUAGGGUUUUUGCAGGACAGUGAAGGUCUGGGUUUGGGGAAUGAAGCAUUUCGAGUUGGGGUGGGGUUAGAUAGGAAGGGCCUAGUCAGCGCUUUGAUGAAGGAAGUUCUUCAUCAUUGUUACACAGUAUGCUCAAACACGUCUAGUUGUUUUCCAAUUCUUUUUUGAUUAACUCUGUAUUUAAGGUCAGUGUGUUUGUUCUGUUGUUUUCAUUGUAUAUGUAAGACAUGAGACUAAGGGAGGUAAAAGCUGACGUGCCUUUGGAGCAAAGAGGUUCAGCUACCAUGUAAACAUCUGACAAAAUGUGAGUACUGGGUUAACUGUCCUCUUUUGAUGACGUCAAUAUUAUUUUUCUUCAAUAGGAGAGAGGUUAACCUGUUUUUGUAGGUUUUUUUGUUGUUGGAGUUUAGCAGCUGAUUCCUUCUGUCCUCUUAACGACUGAAAGUAAUUUGUGAAGCAGUCAGUGAAGGGAAGCAGACCAAAGUUUUGUAUUUUUAGUUUUCUUAUUUUCACUUUUAGAUUAAGAACUUAAAAUGUGUUCUCUUCUUUUUAUACACCAGAAGAUAAGAAAAAUGCUUGAGCGAUGAAAUGCUUCAGAGAGGACUCGUUUUGACAAGUUUUAUUCAUUGGUUUGGUCAUCUCUCUCUGUCCUGUGGUCCGAAUGAACUGCAGACUUCCAGCAACAUUGUACAAGAAUCAUAAUUACAGUUGAACAGAACUACUGGCCGUUAACGUUGUAUCAAUAUAUAUAUUGAUCUUAGCAGUCUGUUUGAUUUUUCAAAAUAAAGUUUACAAAAACUG